AUGGGCAAGAACAAAAAGAAACUAAUAACAGUAGAAUACAAGGUCUCGAUGUACUGCAACGAGUGUGAAAGAAUCGUUGCCAAAACCAUGAUCAAGUGUAAAGGAGUCGAAAAGUUCAUCACCAACACGAACAAAAACCUGGUGGUGGUAACAGGUCGGAUUGAUCCAAUUAAAGUAAAGAAAAAACUUAAGAAGAAAACGGGAAAGAGAGUGGAGAUUGUGCGUAACGAGGAUGAAGAAGAGGCAAAAGACGAAUCACAUGAAUCUGAUAAACAACUUGUCGUAAUGUAUCAGUUCGCGCUCGAAAAUGAUUGUUGCAUAGAGACCGAAGCCACGAUGAUAUUGAGUGAUGAGAAUCCACAUGCAUGUGCACUAAUGUAAAAGGGGUUAUUCAAGAAUUUCAUUCCUUAUUCUUUGAUGUGUUGUUGUAUUUGUACGAUCAU